CGGAAACCAGACUCACCAGAAAUGAUGUUGAGCAGUGGUUACAGAAGCAUAGACUGAUCGGCUGUCACUUUGUUGAGUUACAGUUCUGCGACUGAAGUGAAAGGUUGGAGCUUGAAUGAACCGGGAUUAGAAAGCUGCCUCUCCAUGUCCGCAGUGACUCCCUCUAGUCCCACCAGUCUAGUGGUGCCGGUUCUAGUCCAGUUCCAGCUCGGCCUGUUCAGGGAGGUGGUUCGAGUACCUGCUGGCAACCUGAGCUACCGCCAUGCCAAGAGGCUGGCUGCAGAGGUCAUAGAGCGCAAGGCUCCGGACUGCAGCGUGGUGGGUGUCGGGGAGAAGGUUCUGCUGUUUAGACAUGAGCCCCUGUCUGAGCAGCUGCUGCACCGCCUGACAGACAACGAUGAGCUGCAGGACGGAGACCUCAUCGAGGUGGUCAUCGCAGGAUCAGCUUCAGUGACCGAGAUGAGGAUCCAGCCACACUCCCUGGUGGUCCAUUCGUACCGGACUCCCACAUUCUGUCACCACUGUGGGGAAAUGCUGUGGGGCCUCGUUCGACAGGGGUUAAAAUGUGACGGUUGUGGAUUAGACUUCCAUAAACGUUGUGCUUUCCAGUUGCCCAACAACUGUAGUCGAUCACGGCGUCCGGUCAGCACCAGCUUCUCUCUGUUUCCUCCCCGACGACCCCGUACACACUCCCUCUCUAAUCAGGCAGGAGGCAGUCUGGAAGAGAUAAGCAUGUCCAAGCCUGCAUCCAGGCCUCCGUCCUGGAUAGAGCCUCCGGUCUGGCUGGGAGUCGGGAAUGGUGACAGGAGUGCGGCUCAGGUCCCUCACACCUUCCACAUCCACAGCUACACCAAACCCACCGUCUGCCAGUACUGCCACCGACUCCUCAAAGGGCUCUUCAGACAGGGGCUGCAGUGCUCAGACUGCAGGUUUAACUGCCACGAGCGCUGUGAGCCAUUAGUCCCCAGAGACUGUCCGGGAGAAAGGAAAGGCAUCAACGGUGGAGAAUCCACGGCAGCUGGUCACAGCUUCCCACCAGACCCAGACGACGAUGAGUCACAGCUCAGCAGUAUGACAACACUAGAUACCUCUGACACCGAGAUGUCCACUGACAGUGACUCGCAGGCCGAGAUCAAGGAAGUCGAGCAGCAGCGAGAGCCAAUGAGUCCAUGUUUCAGCAGCAACAUCCCUCUGAUGAGGCUCGUCCAGUCGGUGCAUCACACUAAGAGGAGAGGCGGUGGAGUCCUGAGAGAGGGAUGGCUGCUGCAUCACACCAACACUGACACGCUGAGGAAACGUCAUUACUGGAUCCUGGACCGGAAGACCAUCACUCUGUACCAGAACGAGAGCAGCACCAAGUACUACAAGGAGAUCCUUUUGUCUGAGGUGCUGCAGGUCCGAGGCCCUGCCCAGCUCUCCACGCCUUCAUUGCCAGACAACAGCACCCACUCCUUUGAGGUGGUGACGGCCUCGCUGGUGUACUGCGUGGCAGCCGGAGAGGAUGGGCCGGGCUGGGAGAGCGCCAUCCGUCAGGGCCUGAUGCCCGUGGAGAGCAGCGGAGGACAAGCUGAGGAGAGCCAUGAUAAAGAAUCACACAGAGACAACAUGGACAUCGGCUCGGUGUAUCAGAUCUCUACAGAUGAGGUGCUGGGUUCAGGACAGUUCGGAGUGGUGUACGGAGGUACGCACAGGAAGUCCGGUCGUCCAGUCGCCAUCAAAGUCAUCGACAAAACGCGCUUCCAAGAGAGACAAGAGAGACAGCUGAGGAAUGAAGUGUCCAUAUUGCAGAAUCUGUCUCACCUCGGGGUGGUUCUGUUGGAGGAGAUGUUCGAGACCGUCGAGCAUGUCUUUGUUGUCAUGGAGAAGCUCCAUGGAGACAUGCUCGAGCUGAUUCUGUCCAGUGAGAAAGGACGACUCCCUGAACGCAGCACCCGCUUCCUGGUCAUGCAGAUCCUUGAGGCUUUGCGGUAUCUGCACUUCAAACAUAUCGCUCACUGUGACUUAAAACCUGAGAAUGUACUUCUGGCCUCUGCGGACUCCUUCCCUCAGGUGAAGCUGUGCGACUUUGGCUUCGCCCGCAUCAUCGGCGAAAAGUCUUUCCGCCGCUCAGUCGUGGGGACCCCGGCCUACCUGGCGCCUGAGGUGAUCAGCAGCAGCGGCUACAACCGCUCUCUGGACAUGUGGUCCGUGGGCGUCAUCACGUAUGUGAGCCUGAGCGGGACAUUCCCCUUCAACGAGGACGAAGACAUCAAACAGCAGAUCACCAACGCUGCCUUCAUGUACCCGCGACAACCCUGGGCCUCCAUCUCCCUGGAGGCUGUGAGUCUCAUCAAUAACCUGCUGCAGGUGUCGGUGAGGCGAAGGUUCAGUGUGGGCAAAGCUCUCGGACACCCCUGGCUGCAGGACUUCCAGCUGUGGUGCGACCUCCGGGAGUUUGAGCAGAGGAUAGGCUGCAGAUAUCUGACACACCAAGGGGACGAGGAGCGCUGGAUACGCUACGCCCAGGAGAAAGACCUGGACGUCCCCUCUCACCUCUGCUGGGACCACGACAAUGACCCUGGCACGUGACCUCGGCACGGAUUUUAAAGAUACUCCUCAGUGUGAAGCUAACAGGAUCCAGUUUUUGGUGACUUACCUUGUCUGAGGCCAGAAUCUUGAAGGAGGCCAUGACCUGUUCUGCGGUGUCUGUCUCGGCGGUCUCGCGGGUCAUGAAGUCGAUGAAGGCCUGGAAGGUCACCACGCCCGUGUUGUUGGGGUCCACCAGAGUCAUGAUACGAGCAAACUCCACCUCACCCUGUCAGAGAGAAAGGGGUGAAGUUUGUCCUAUGUGAUUUAAACAAGUUAAAACCUACACUGAAUGAUUUAGCCUUUAAAUAUGAUCAUUUUUAAUCGGUGAACUUGGGUAUAAGUCAUUUUGUACUAACCAGAUCGUAACCCAUGGAGAUGAGGCAGGCGCGGAAGUCGUCUGGGUCCAUCAUGCCGUUUCUCUUCUGCAGAGGAAAAAUACAUCUGUGAAUUAACUGUUGGAUCUCUGGUGUAAUUUCUUCCUGUUGCUAAAACACUGAGCAUUAACUGAAGAGUCUAGUGAUCCUGAUCCCGGAAAAUAGUGUGAAAUUCCUUUUUUGUGGCUGUGUGAGUCCAGUCAUGGUCAGUGAACGCCUCACCCUGUCGAAGUGGUUGAAGGAGGCUCUGAACUCGUUGAGCUGUUCCUGGCUGAUGCCCUUGGCAUCGCGGGUCAGGAUCUGGUUCUCCACCUCGUUGAUGGUUCUGGCAAUAGUGGUGAGCAGCUGCUCCCAGCCCACACGGAUGUGCUGCAGUGGUGGAGGGAAAAUAGAUCAACACCCCCGUGAAACAAAGGAAGAAGAGCCGCUGGAAAAUGUAAAGUCAGGUCAGAUUGGCUGAAGUUUAGCGUACCUCCAUGGAGUAGUUGGUGUGCUUGUUGUCGAAGAUGAGGGACUCCUGGCUGAGCUGGUGGUCUCCCUCCAGCUUGUCGAUGUUGGAUUUGUAGUUGAUGAUGUUCUGCUCGUACUGCUUCAGGCUGUUCAUCUGUUCCUCCAGGGAGCCGGCGAUGUCCACCGACACAUGGCUGAUCUCCUGCAGGUGUGCAGAGACGGGAACCAGGAUGAAUGAAACAAAGUCCUGAGAUACACUUAUUGAAUAAUGUUUUUCAUAUCUGUAACUUUAAAAUGUUUGUUCAUAGAAUAGAUUUACACGAUCUGGAAAUGUUUCAUAUUUUACUGUAUUUGUUCCUUUGUUCUAUUAUUUUUUUUCUACUAUUUUACUGCCUUUUUUAUAUUCUGUUGCAUACUACAGCCAUUACUUCAUGUUGAGGUAAAACUGGAGUUUCCUGUUCUUGCGUUACAGAAACACCGUACCUCCAUCUUGGUUUGAAUCCAGGGUCCGAUGAUGUUGGCCUGGGCAGCAAACUGGCGCCUCAGUCUCUCGUUGGCCUGCUGUCUGGCCACCUCCUCCUGGAGCAUUUGGUCUCUGAGGGGCACAAAGUGCUUCACCUGCAGAUAAACAAAUUAAAUAGAGUCAUAAGAGAAGAGCAGCUUCAGUACACUCAGGGAAACUUAAGGUGGAAAAUAUGACUCUUCCAGUGAAAUCUAGUUAACAUAGAAGCUGCAGAAAUGUGGUGAUAUUUUCUAAUUAUGUAUAGUUUUUUGUCCCAGUCAAGCUUGUUGAGCAAUGAACCAACUAGAAACAAAUCUGUGUCUUCAGCACAGAUGGUCUGAUGUGUGUCAAACUGCAAAUGCACUGACAGCUUGUGUUCUGCAGUUAUUUUGAUUUCUCCUGGGAGCUCGCAGCCGGCAGCAUUCAGUGUCGCUCUAACCUAAAUGUACUGUACUAUUUCUGACCUGUCGCUAUGUAUGUACUGUACUUAUUAUUAGCCAGAUGACCAAAUGCAACGUACGGGUUAAGUUAGGUUGACACUUCCUGUUCACAUAACCUUAGUGUACACAGAUCAGAAAUACGAGAAGAUUCAAAGGGCUCACUGUAAAGGUUCAAAGUUUUUGGAUAAAUUAUCUUCAGUAAACAGUAAUUUGUUAUUUCCCA